ACUAUAAGUUACAUGGCCGAACGAAUUGUUGGACAAGGCUCAUUUGGUAUUGUGUUUCAGGCUAAAUGUCUUGAAACUGGAGAAACUGUAGCAAUCAAGAAAGUUUUGCAGGAUAAAAGAUACAAGAACCGUGAAUUGCAAACAAUGCGCCUUCUUGAUCAUCCCAAUGUUGUAUCACUCAAACAUUGCUUUUUUUCCACCACAGACAAAGAUGAACUCUAUCUCAAUUUGGUACUUGAAUAUGUACCUGAGACUGUAUAUCGUGUGGUGAAGCACUAUAGCAAGGCAAAUCAGCGGAUGCCCCUAAUAUAUGUUAAACUUUACACAUAUCAGAUUUGUAGAGCCUUGGCUUAUAUUCAUGGGUGUGUUGGAGUGUGCCACAGGGACAUUAAACCGCAGAACCUACUGGUUAAUCCUCAUACACAUCAAGUCAAACUUUGUGAUUUUGGAAGUGCAAAAGUUCUGGUCAAGGGUGAACCUAACAUAUCUUAUAUCUGCUCUCGAUACUAUCGAGCUCCGGAACUCAUAUUUGGGGCAACAGAGUAUACUACUGCAAUUGAUAUGUGGUCUGUUGGUUGUGUUCUUGCUGAGCUACUACUGGGGCAGCCUCUGUUUCCAGGAGAAAGUGGAGUUGAUCAACUUGUUGAAAUUAUCAAGGUACUUGGGACUCCAACUCGUGAGGAAAUAAAAUGCAUGAAUCCAAAUUACACAGAAUUUAAGUUCCCUCAAAUCAAAGCUCACCCCUGGCAUAAGAUAUUCCAUAAGCGUAUGCCCCCAGAAGCAGUAGAUCUUGUUUCAAGGCUUCUCCAGUAUUCUCCAAAUUUACGUAGCACUGCUUUGGAUGCAUGUAUCCACCCAUUUUUUGAUGAACUCCGCCAUCCUAAUACUCGUCUCCCUAAUGGGCGCCCUUUGCCAGCCCUCUUCAAUUUCAAACCUCAAGAGCUGAAGGGAGUGACUUUGGAGCUUCUAUGCAAACUUGUCCCAGAACAUGCUCGGAAACAGUGUCCAUCCCUUAAUUUCUAG